GGAAUUGUGGGUAGCAUGAGUAUAUUUUGCCGAACGAAAACAAGAAGUAUGGUAAAGUCUGCGAAGAGCAGAAACCCGCAAACAUAAGUUUAUGGCUUACCCGAUCUUUGUUGAGUAUCCAGGUGUGGAACCAAAACUUCUACUGGAUCUUUAAUGUUUUCUUUAAAGUGAAACAAGUAUGGCUGAAACAGAAGUGCUGUUCUACAUAAUCAUUGUUAUUGUUAUUCUCAUUAAACUGAUGUUCUGGUGCUUAUAUCUUUGUCUGAAGAACAGAAGGAUCAGAAGACUACGACAGCGGCAGAAUGAAUCCGACAAUGUUAUGUCAGCAGACCCUACUUGCUAUGAGGAGGUGCCAGCUAUUCCACAACCUGCCUUUGUCUUCACUGGAUUGACACUCCCUUUGCCAAAUACUGUAUUGACAGAAUCACUUCCAGAAUACCAGGCAGAUGACCCUUUUAAAACUGACCAACCACCCCCAUCAUAUGGAGAUUCUUGUAAUUUAAGAGACCGGCUACCUCAGGAGUUGCAAUCUUUUGCAGAAAUACCACAAGCAUUUGCAGAUAUAGAUGCAACAGAUACCCAGAGACUUAUUGCUGAUAAUGAGUAAUCUGGGGAGAAUUAACUUUUCUGAAUUUUUUAUACAAACAGGUUUCCUACACUAGGGUUUCAAAGAAAUUAACUUGCACAUCAUUGAUAUUCAAAUGCUAUCAGAUAAAUUAGAAGCCACCUGUUGAGCCUCUUGCUUCCUGGAAAUUUUAUCCACUUCAGAAUCAUAUUAUUUCACUGAAAAAAGAUAUCUAAGCAAAAUAAGAAGUUUUUGUAUUUGCUAAACACUUUUAAAGUCCUGUUUUGUGUGCAUAUACCCAAAAGAAUUUUAAUUUUUAGCGUGCACUUUGUGUCAAAAUAAGAAGGGAGGGAAAUUUUGCAUAUUCAAUUGACCCUAUAUAAAUGAAUGUAAAGCAACAAACAUGUGGGAGAACCUGUAUCCACCAUUUGCUUAUCAGCAAUUUUUAAGUUACAUUAAAGCAGUCUCUGGAUAAUUCAAAAGCCAAUAUUUUAAAACCUUAUCUUCUUUUAUCUUUUUUAAUAAAAAAUGUAAUGUCCAGUAAAAUAAAAUGUAAUGUCAAGGUAGAUGACCGCACAUUGGGAGAAAAUGGUUAGUUGAAGGAUAAGUGAUUCAUUAUCCAAAUGAAAGCAAUGUUUGGUUUGUGCUAAAGCAAAAUUGUAAGCCUCCUGCUAAGUUAAUUGUGUGUAAAGUCACUUACUGAUGUAUCAAGAACAUUUCUUAUGCUUAGUGUUUUGUUCAUGUCUUAGAGGUUUUACCACUUGGAAACCCAAUCGUUUAAGGCUUUUUUAUCCAAUAUUAAAACUUUAAUCCUGAAUGGGAAAUUAAUUUUAGCCAGUAAUUUGUAUUUUUUUCAACACAUCAGCUAAAUUUAACAUUAUACAGAUUCAAACAGGUUAUAUUUUGCCAAAAACAUUAUAUAGUUAAAUUUAUGAUAUUCCUUAGUCCUGGAACUUGAUACCAGAAAAUAGGCUGGUUUGAUAUCUCUUUCAGUCUUGAGAAAUGAUGCCUUAUAACCCAAAAACUCUAUUUUUCAUGUAGAAAUUCUACUUCCCAAUUGAAAACAGUUUAAUUUAACUAUUGCCAAGUUAAUUGAUUGUUGCACCAGUGUUUAUAUAACCAUAUUAUUAAUAGAUUAUUAAUGUGUGUGAGAGAGUAAUCCUAUUCAAUUACUCACUCCCUCCUUGGUAAGUUUCAACUUUUCAAAAAGUAUUGUUUUAUUACCCAUCAGAAUAAAGAAGAAAAUGUGUAUUUUGCUGUAAAAAAAUGCAGUCUUAAAUUUUUUUGGUGCUCCUCCCUGGAAAGAAAUCCUUCUUGAUACUGGAUAAUUCAUAUUGGAUCUUUAUGUACAUAGAUAGAUUAGUUUGUUAGAUGCUUGUACUUACUUGAAAAGUGCUUAUUAUAAACAAUGUAUAGAUAUGAGAUAAUUUUGGUGAAA